AUGCAACCAUCGAUGGCUGGGUCCCGUUCGCGGUGGAAUCGGAUGGGUUUCGUCCUGGCCGUGCUGAUCGUGCUGCUCAGUGAAAGUGUAAUUCAGUGCGCAACCCCGAAGGCUCUCGCUGGCAACUCUCACGGUACCAAUUGUCCGAACUGCGUGGAAGAAUCGUCCGCUCCACCUCGGUGGACCAUGCCUCUGCUAAAGCUCGGUGAAAAGCGCUACUAUUUGAGUAUUUUCUUCAAGGCCAAUUGGUUCAAGGCCCUGCAGUACUGUCGUUUCCACGGAAUGCAGCUUGCUAGCAUACAAACGCAGGAGGAAAACGAUCGAUUGGAAAAAUACGUCAAAGAUUACGGCUUGGCGACGGAGCACUUCUGGACAUCCGGCACGGACCUUGCCGAGGAGGGCAGCUUCUUCUGGGUGUCAAACGGACGGCCUCUAUCCUUCACGAACUGGAACGCCGGUGAACCGAACAAUUUCCGCUACGAGAACGGCGAAGAAGAGCACUGCCUCGAGCUGUGGAACCGGGAUGGCAAGGGUCUCAAGUGGAACGAUACGCCUUGCAGUUUCGAGACGUACUUCAUCUGUGAGGUUUGAUCGAUCGCCCGACUGAAUGCUACGUUGUCUUUCACCACCUCUGUGUAUCCUCUGUCGUCAGGGAAUCCUAAAAAGCGCCCUUUUGUUCCCGUUCCUCCAUCAAUUUCUUUUUUCUCCAGCGCGAGCCCCUAAAAGGGACACCGGAAGCGAUCGCGCUCCUUCCGGUCUGCCGUCGCGCUGAUUGUGUGUUCAAUGAAGUGUGUCAUUAACGAUGGCGAAAAAGCUUUCUUCUCAGUCACAGCUCCUCACCCAGCACGAAAUCGCUUCAGCUCCUAUCGUGUAGUAUUUAUAUAGUUCAUAUCUACGAGAUCGAUGCAACCACCAUGAUGGUCGUCUGCGGGCGUGGAAACAAACCAUAGUUAUUUAAGAGCAUCCGACAUCGUUCUGGGGGCUACUAAAAUUUGAUUUGAAUUGUUUCACAACUACUUUUCUUCCUACACCGAGCCCAUUCUUGUUUUUUGUUCGUGAUUCCAUUCCUUUUUACGUGGUUUUGUGGUCGCAUA